GAGGCACGCCGGUAUCGUCGGAGUCAGAGCGGAAAAGUUGCUCGUGCUUAUCCCGGGAAUAAGCUGUUACAAUAAAUGGAGACAUGAAGAAAUAAGGAUCCAUGGUCAAAUAAGAACUGAUCUUUACUGGUUCCCCUGAAGAGAACGAACCAGCCGAUUCUGAAUACAAGAAUAUAAACAAUAUAAUGACGGCACACGAGAAAAAUUUUGACAUCGUCGACGUUAUCAGGAACGUGAUUCCUUUUCUACAAAUUUCGAAUGUUAACGGCGAUAUGGACAUCAAAAAUGUUGCUUGAAAUUUUCAUAGACGGGAAAUUCUUUUUUGUGCAAGUGAUAAACUUACAUCAGUAGGCAAUUGUGUGUAAACUAAUAAUCGUAAUAAAAAACUAAAAGUGAUAAUCAGAAAGUGUGGAAGUGUGGAUGUGUUGCAAUCAUCAGAAGUAAGGGAGACUGCAGUUUCAAGGAUAUUCAAUCUGGGAUUUAAACUUGAAAAAGCGAACGCAACGGAUAUCUAUUGAUUGCUUCCCUGGAUAAUUAUGGAUCUAUCUAAUAGUAAACUUUGCACGCCAUCUUUAAAAGGAUUUCGUGGUACGUAUGGACCACAGCGAUAAUGAUUGUUUACUUAUAACAAUUUCCUCACACAGUGAAUUGGGUUAUAUCUACGCAAAAGAUGUACAAUAUAAACUGGAUUCCUUAUGGCAACAUUUCACAGCAAAUCAGUGCCCAACAUUAGCUGGUAAACCAAACCUAUUUUUUAUACAAGCAUGCCAGGGUGAUCAGCUAGAUGGUGGUGUUCUAUUGUCAAAACAUACAACUGAAACUGAUGGUGAAUCGUCUAUGAGCUACAAAAUUCCAAUUCAUGCCGACUUUUUAAUUGCAUAUUCAACAAUACCCGGCUUUUCCUCGUGGCGAAAUACAACAAAGGGCUCAUGGUUUAUUCAGUCUUUUUGUCAUGAACUUGAUCGUAACGGAACAAAGUAUGAUAUCCUUAAACUACUAACGUUUGUCUGUCAAAGGGUUGCAUUAGAUUUUAAAUCGAAUACGCCCGAUUGCCAGAUGAUGCAUCAACAGAAGCAGAUUCCUUGUAUUACAACGAUGCUGACACGUUUGCUGGUUUUCACCGAGAAAAAGUAGUUUUAUUUUUAUCCAGCUGGAUUAGAAUAUAGGAUUUUUCGACACUAUUUAUAAUCGUUUAUUUCAAUUUUUAUUUAGUUUAGUAUUUCGAGACUUAGUAUCUGAAUGUAGGUGUGUGAAAGUAGUAUCAUUUUAUUGCGGAACAAGAGUGAAAAUUACGGCUUUAGCUAGUUCUUAUAGUGAAUUAAAAAUGUUCAUAACUAUAUUUAGAGAAGAACACAGAGCAUGCGCA